AUGACGGACAAGCUCCCCCCUCCGCUUCUGGCGCUGUUCCAGCCUCGCCCGCCCCUCCGCUAUGUCACGCCUAUCAACCGGGCCCCCGAAGACUGCAAGAAGAGUUCUAUCGGCGGGAUUGCGCAAUUCCUGCCUGAUCUGAAGCAGUAUGAAGAGGAGGUCCCCUACAAUGCCACAGAGAGCUGGAUUCAGCGCAAGUUGCGACAGAAGGUGGAGAAGAAGGAAAACAUGGAGAAGCAAGUCACAGAAGGGCUCGAAGAAUAUGAUCCGUCGAAUGACCAACAAGCUCGUGGAGACCCGUUCAGGACCCUUUUCGUUGCCAGACUGAGCUACGAUGUCAAGGAGUCGGACUUGGAGCGGGAGUUCGGCCGCUUUGGCCCGAUUGAGAGAAUUCGCAUCGUCAAGGACACUGUAACACCAAAGGGUUCGAAGAAAGCGCAUAGAGGAUAUGCUUUCAUCGUGUAUGAGCGCGAAAAGGACAUGAAAGGUAUUGCUACAGAUCUAGUCGCCGAUUACCCCCGGAUGACUACUCCCGCGGCCUACAAAGAGACAGAUGGUAUUCGCAUCAAGGAUCGCCGGGUUCUGGUAGAUGUUGAGCGUGGUCGGACUGUCAAGGGCUGGAAACCCCGUCGCUUUGGCGGUGGUCUUGGAGGACGAGGUUACACCAAAGCUCUGCCUUCUCGGCCCAUUGGACCUGGAUCUUUCAACGCCCCUUCAGGCCCCGGUGGCUUUGGAGGUGGUUUCCGAGGUGGGUUUGGCGGUGGCAGAGGCGGCCGGGGAGGCUUCCGUAACGAUCGUGGCUUCGGUCCUCGCGGUGGUGUCGGAUACCAAGGAGGCCGUAAUGGCUUCGGCGGACAAGCUCCCCCCAAUGCUCCCUCGGGUCCCGGAGGUGGACGCAGUGGUGGCUUUGGUGGCCCCGGUGGCCCCGGUGGCCCCGGUGGAGGUGGCAGGUUUGGUGGUCGUGAAGACCGGGGAGGCACUGGUAGCAACCGUGAACCCAUCAGACCCCGGGACAGUUUCGGUGAUCGCGACCGCCGAGACCGGGAUCGUGACCGUGAGGGUGGUGACCGCUACAGAGACCGUGAUCGGGACAGUCAUCGUGGUAGCUACCGCGACCGUGACCGUGACCGCGAGCGCGAGCGCGAUAGAUAUGGAAGCCGUGGCGAUGACUACGGGCGCAAGAGAUACCACGAGGACGACUCGUACGACGACCCCCGCGCCAAGAGAAGGUACUGA